ACAAUUUUUUUUUUCUUUUAUUCAAAGUUUCAAAUUUCAAAUAGCUCUCUCCCCUAAUAACAACGAAUAACUGCACACCAACCGUCAAAUCCACUCGUAGGUCUCUCUCUAUUGUUUUCUCGUCAGGUUCAAUUGCAAAUUUUCUGUUUCAAAAACAAGAAGUUUUUUCCAAAUCACUUCUACUUUGAAGAAUCAUCAAUCAAUCCGUUAUCAGCAAAUGGGUUCUUCAGGAAAAUGGCUAAAGUCACUAAUCACUCUCAAAAAAAUCCCAACAACUGACCAGGAGAAACAGAGCGACACUAAGAGUAAGAAGAAAUGGAGGCUAUGGAGGAGCUCAUCAGAAGGGUUUGGACCACCCUCGUCGAAGGGCCUGAAAAGGGUCCACAUUGCAUCAUCAGAGCCGUCGGAGUCGUCCCUUGUCCUUGAUGAUGCAUUCGCUGCUGCCAUGGCUACUAUUGCCAGAGCUCCGCCAAGAGAUUUCAUGGUGGUCAAGCAAGAAUGGGCUGCGAUCCGGAUCCAAACCGCUUUUCGAGGCUUGCUGGCAAGGAGGGCUUUGCGGGCGUUGAAAGCAGUAGUGAGAAUUCAAGCUAUAUUUCGUGGUAGACAGGUUAGAAAGCAAGCUGCAGUGACAUUGAGGUGCAUGCAAGCUCUUGUCAGGGUUCAGGCUAGAGUAAGAGCACAAGGUGUGAGAACCUCUUCAGAAGGCAAAGAUAUGCAGAAAUUGUUGGAUGUACAGAGCACAUCGGAUCCCUCAAAGCAGGCUGAGGAAGGAUGGUGUGAUAGUCUUGGAACAGUUGAUGCAGUUCGAACGAAGUUACAAAUGAGGCAGGAGGGAGCCAUUAAGAGGGAAAGAGCAAUUGCAUACUCUCUCUCCCAACAGCAAUCAAGAUCAUGUGCAAGCCCAGGUAGAAGAACAAAAAAAUCAGCAUUUUCUGUUAAGAAUCAAAUGUUGGAUAAUAGCAGCCCUGGAUGGAGCUGGCUAGAUCGGUGGAUGGCAGCAAAACCAUGGGAAAGCAGAUUGAUGGAAGAAAUUCAUACUGAUAACUCACUGGAGACUACAUUUUCCAGGAAAAGUGAAGAUAACAUCGCCAGUAUUUAUUCCUAUUCUUCAAUAAAUGACUCGGUUAAAGUGAGAAAAAACAUUGUUACAACAAAAGUUCUUGCUAAACCUCCUGCUGUUAGUCAUAUUAAUUCCUCAGCUUCUGCUCCAAGUUCUGAAUCUAUUUAUGAUGAGAGUUCUGAGUCUACUGCAUCUACAACUGUCUCUCCAAUCCCAUUGUCAAGCAACACAAUAGAAGUGGAUAGAGUAGAAGAGAGUUAUAACAGAAAACCAAGCUACAUGAGUCUUACAGAAUCAAUUAAGGCUAAGCAAAAAGUUUGCAGACAUUAUUCUGCAAAUAAUUAUGUUAUGCCAAGGCAAAUGAUGGAGGAUCAGUUUCAUACUAUGUCAAUGCCACUUACCAAUGGAAAUGCAAAGACUAGUGGUGAUUCUAAUCCUUCAUUUACGUUUUGCAGGGAUCUUUAUCCUCCAAUUCCUCUGGGUAGACAUGAUGAGCUUAGAAAUCGACGACAUUAAAUUUGCAUAUUCAAUUGAUGAGUUCAACUGCUUGUUGCCCUUCACAAUUCUGAAGCCAUUCAUGUGACAGAAUAGAUUGCUGCUUUAUGAACUGAAAUUUGCACUAGUUCAGUUAUAUAUAGAUAAUUGUAGUAUAUUAAUAUUUGGAAUUAUCAUGAUCAUAGAAUUGAAGACCUCCAAUUUGCAUAUUUUGGCUUGUGUCUAGCAAAAUGAGGAUUUUUGUGUCAAUGUUUGUAAUUGUUUGUGAUUAAAUCAAGGUUGAAGAUUGAUCUUAA